AUGGUAUUCUUUCCUCGCAAGAUGCUAGACGAACCAACGAAGAUUUUCCGUUGCCGAACUUUUUGGACACGGUAUUCAAGCUUCGUUGCAGUAUCCCAGCCUAUUCGUGGAAGAAGAUUCCCGAAGAGUAGCUUCUACGAGUGCCAUCAGUGCAAGAAUCGAAUUGUGACAGCAGUAUUUGCAAGUUGUUUCAUCAAAUAA